AUGAUUCUUACACUGUCAAACGAUCAGUUCUCCUCCAAAAAGAAAACAUCUGUGCCUGGACUCUGGAUGCAACAGCAUCUCACGGCAUGUCAUUGCUCUGUUCAGACUGUUUCCAUGCGCGGUGUUAGGGUCACCGAUUCUCCCCUGCUCCAGCGGACAGUCCCGCCUGGGGAGCGGGCAGGUGACGGUACAACGCCCCCAGCUGAGAGUUCCCCUCUGACGGGGCUGGCGGCGUUUGAUACCCAGUUUGCACCGCUACAAGCAGCUUCUCCCUGUGCAGGGCCCCGGAGAAGGUCCCUGGGGAGGGGGGAUAAAACGCCCCCCCCCCCCAGUAUCACUCACUGGCCAUUGCGUGUCACAGAGGGGACCCGUGUGAGCUCCACCGACUCCCCCCGCCCCGGGGGAACUGUUCCCGUGGCGAAUUCCUCUCACCCCUGCACACGCUUUACACCUUAUUUCCAGGCUGACCGGGUCCUGCCCCGCGGCGCGAGGAGGAACCGGCGCCCGCCGGCCAGUGCCCGGAUGCAGCAGCGCAGCGCGCCCGACCCCAAGAUGGCGGCGCCGAGCAAGCAAUAUGGGCUUAUUUUGCCCAAGAAAGCAUUGCAGAAAACUCUGAUGUUGAAGAAACAUUCAGUCUUUGCAGAUGACUCUGAUGAAGAGACAUCUGUGGGCGAGAGUCUACAAAAAGAAGCAUUAAAAAAGCAAGUAAUGAAGCAAACCAAACUUGAGAUUCAGAAGGCCUUGGCAGAAGACUCCACAGUGUAUGAAUAUGACAGUAUCUAUGAUGAAAUGCAGCAGCAGAAGAAAGAAAGUAAUGCCAAAGUGCUCUCAGGAAAAGAUGACAAAAAGCCCAAAUACAUCCAAAAUAUCCUCAAAGCAGCUGAGGUAAGAAAGCAGGAGCAGGAAAAAAGAAUGGAAAAAAAAAUUCAGAAGGAGCGUGAAAUGGAAGGGGAAGAGUUUGAUGACAAAGAGGCCUUUGUGACAUCAGCCUAUAAGAAGAAACUGCAAGAAAGGGCUGAGGAGGAGGAAAGAGAAAAAAAGGAGGCAGCACUGGAGGCAUGCCUGGAUGUGACCAAACAGAAGGAUCUCAGUGGAUUUUACAGACAUCUUUUAAACCAGACAGUGGGGGAAGAAGAGGUGCCCAAAUGCAGCCUCCGUGAAGCCAGGAUAAAGGAAGAAAAAUCUACCACUAAUUCAGAUGAAUCCAUCCAAACAAACAAAAGUCCAGAUGAGAGACCAAGACUUAGAACCCCUGCUAAGGAAGAGGAUAACCCAGAUGCGGACAGUGACUUAGAAAGUGAUAGUAGUGAUGAUGAUCAUAAAAAUAGCAGAGCUAGUUCUAAAAAGAAGGAAAGUCGAGACAGCUCUGAGAGCAGUGAGAAGGAUUCCAAACAUCACAGGAGCCGGAAACACUCCAGCUCAUCAGAGUCUUCCAGUGAGGAGGGAAGUCACCACAUGAAAACCCAUAUAAAUCGUCCUAGGAGAGGAGAGAGUGGAAUAGGUAGAAGGGAAAAAGAUGAGCCCCACAAGGAAAGGGAUCAUGAGAGAAGAGAUAGAAACCAGGAAAAGGAUCGCCGGAGGGAAAAGGAAGACCGACAUAGAUAUGGGGAUCAUACCAGUAAAGAUAACUACAGAAAGAGGGAUGAGCCGGAGGACAAACAGAGGGGGAAAGAUAAAAAAGAGAGAGAAGGAUAUGACGAAGGUAGGAAAGAGAAAGAGAGGGAGGACAAGAAUUCAGAAAGGGAACGAGAAAAAGAACGACUAAGAAAUGGCAAAGACAGAUACAGUGAUAGAGAAAGAGGGGAAAAAUGCAGAGAAAAGGAGGAACAUUUGAAGGAAAAGAGAGAGAGAGAUGACAAAGAUGACAAGAAAUACAGGGACAGGAAGGAAAGUAGUCCUCGAGCCUCAGAAAGGGACAGGGACAAGAAGCAAAGUAGCCCUAGAUCCUUAGAAAAAGACAGACAGUGUGACCAGGAAAAAGAGACAAAGGCAAAGGACAGAAAGAGUAAUGAGGAGAGAAUCUCAUGCUCUGAAAGAUUUCCUGAGCCAAAAGGUAAGGAUGAAGAAGAAGGGCAAAAAGGUGCAGAGCAGAUGGAAAAAAAAUCUCUGUGUGUGAGCAAAUUUGCCAAGCGGAGCAGUGAAGAGACAGUGGUAUCAGCAAGGGAUCGCUACUUGGCUAGGCAAAUGGCACGAGUUAGCACAAAAUCCUAUAUUGAGAAAGAAGAAGAUUAGCUUCAUUUCAGUGGCCAUAAACCAAGAGAUGAUCCACUUUCACAGGUGGAAAAAUCACUGCAGCAGGAACUCUAUGUUGAAGUGAAAGUAUUUCCUGACCAUUUAUUUCUGGGUUUUUUUAAACUCAGUAAUUUAAUAAAACAAACUUCUGUUUUGAAAUGUUUUGAUGGUCUUUGUACAUUCAUCCAGUCAAAUGUACAGGCAAGGUGUUUAAUUUGACUGGUUCUGUCCAUCAUGGCCUUCAGCCUCUGCUUGCUCUAUCAUUUAUUCAAAGACAGGGAGUCACACUUAUGGAUUCUAAACUGAUACAGGUGAGAAUACCUCAAUGCCAGCCUGCAUAUAAUCCUUAUCAGCUAAUACCAGUACUACCCCUCUUCUGGAGCAGCAGUGUUCUCAGACAUUACUGUCAGAUCUCACUGUCCAGAGAAGUUAACAGAGAGUGUGCAGGAGAGAGAACUUUAAAGAGAGGGAUAUGCAGGCAAAAUAAACAGAAUAAUAAUUUAGGUGACCCUGUAUGUUUUGUGGUAUUUUGUAAACCAGGUAAAUUUCAUCUGGACAUAUUUGGAUUUGAACGUAUAUAACAUAUUCGUGGUUUUUUGUUUGUUUCUGGUGCUUGAUGUACAGAAAUAUUUAAAUAAAAUGUAAGUUAUGUACUAUAUUCAGUGCUUAAAUCUUUCUUUGAUGCCUGUACUUUGCUAACCUUUAGUGGAAAUAGCUGCAGUAUUGCUUCCUUAUGAGACAAAUCAGUUAUAUCUUUCCACUUCAUGUAUUACAGUCAUACCUGCUUAUUGUGCUAUAGUUAAUAUGUUAAACUUGCCAGAAUAAACCCAUUUUUUCAGGGGUUUAUAGAACAGUAGUAAAAGUCACUCUAAACCGUCACUUGGCAAGUAGGAAAUCUGGCAAAGAUCAUAUUUUUAAAUUAUACUUUCAGCAAUCCUCCUGGUAGUUUUUAUACUUUUUUCCUGGAAAGUGUAUAUCUUUUACUUAACAGUGGCUGUGCCAGCGUCAAGAAUUUGGGCUGAAAAGAUGGUUUAGACAUUCUAGAUAUAAUUUUACUGCAU